UGCUUUAGAAGUUUCAAACAUCUUCAUAAUUCUUUCUUUGCUAUAAACAAGGAACAAUAUUAGAGGGGGAGGAAUAAACGUGAAUUAUGAUGAGAGUUGGGGCUGAUUUGCAAUUUCCACCUGGAUUUAGAUUUCAUCCGACGGAUGAAGAGCUCGUACUCAUGUAUCUCUGCCGAAAAUGUGCGUCGCAGCCGAUCCCUGCACCGAUCAUCACCGAACUCGAUUUGUACAGAUAUGAUCCUUGGGACCUUCCCGACAUGGCUUUGUACGGUGAAAAGGAGUGGUAUUUUUUCUCACCCAGAGAUCGGAAGUACCCAAACGGCUCAAGACCGAACCGUGCAGCUGGUACUGGCUACUGGAAAGCUACCGGUGCUGAUAAACCGAUAGGUCGUCCUAAACCGGUUGGUAUUAAGAAGGCUCUAGUGUUCUACUCCGGAAAACCUCCAAAUGGGGAGAAAACCAACUGGAUUAUGCACGAAUACCGGCUAGCCGACGUUGACCGGUCGGUUCGCAAGAAAAACAGUUUAAGACUGGACGAUUGGGUAUUGUGUCGUAUAUAUAACAAGAAAGGUGUAAUCGAGAAGCGACGGAGCGAGAACGAGUUGAAUAUGGUGAAUGACACGUGUCCACCGGAUUCUUUGGCGAGAUUGGUCGCCGGGUCGGAGUCGGAGCAAGUGGUGUCACCGGAAUUCACGUGCAGCAACGGUCGGUCGAGUAACUCGAAUGGCUUUGAUUUCCCGUAUAAUUACGUAGAUGCCAUCGCCGAUAACGAGAUUGUCUCGCGACUUUUGGGCGGGAAUCAGAUGUGGUCGACGCUUGAUCCACUUGUGGCUCGGCAGCAGAGAACUUUCUAAAGCUUGUCACGUGCGCGCGAUUUAUAGUUAGUGGGAAACUGACUGACACGUGCGAUUAGCUGGUUUGAAAGUCGCUAGCUGCGUCAGAAGGUCAGAGACGGGUUGGGCCUUUUCAGCAACAAAUUGGGCUUUGGCUUUCUUAUUUUAUUUUUUGUUACUCCUCUCCCUAUUAGAGUACGAUGAUGUUGUAUUGUUUCCAGAAAGCAACUAGUUUUGGAAUAAGAAAAAUUACAAAUGCAUUUUAAAAAAGAAAUAAUCUGUUAUGUA